UUGGGGAAGGCUCUCACCCUCCCUUGCUCUUCUGAAGGGGCCCGAUCCUCGCUCUCUGGGUGUUUCCUGACUCCCCAAGGAGGCACCUCCUAGGGCCUCCCCUCUGGCCUUGACAGAGCUGCUGUCGUCUCCUCCCCGGUGAGGAGAGUGAGAAAUGGGUCCGUUCCUGGUGCUGUCUCUGCUGCUGCUGCCGUCACGUCUGCAGGCCGGUAGAUCAGCAGAGUGUGUUACAAAUACUAACUAUGGAAUCAAGCAACCAGACCGCCUCUCAGCCCCCCAGGGUGGCUCCGUCCGGAUCCCUUUCUCCUUCUAUCAGGACUUGGAGUUAGCCAAGGAUCCCAGAGUGAGUGUAGCCUUGAGACAGACACACUUCCAUGGGGAGAUCAUCUACAACAGUACUCGGCGUUUCAUCCGUAACGACUACAAGAACCGGAUCUCCCUUGAAUUAUCACUGGGUCAGAGGUCUGGCUCCCUGCAGAUAUCGAACCUGCAGGAGAAGGAUGGGAAUAUGUACUUUUGCCGGAUCCAAGUGGAAACAUUAAGAUGCGGCAAGAAGGUGUGGCAGGCCAUCAACGGGACCAAACUCACCAUCACCCCUGCUCUCGAGAUGACCACCACUGCCCCCACGACUGCUGCCCCCACCAGUGGUGUCUUGGAAGGCAAUUGGAGCUCAGCACCUUCACCCAUGGGUGUAGGACCUAUGGUCAUAGUGACACUGGCUGACAUUGUGCUCAAAAUUGCAAUUUUGGGACUGAUACUCUACCUCAGGUGGAAGAGGAGCAAAGGAUGAAGCCCAGGACGACAGCCCCCACCCUCUAUGCCUCCCGCACCCUCUCCAGCUCCUCAUCACGGGCAGCACCUCCCCACCUCCCUCCCAAGGAGGCCCCCCAGGAGGAGACCCUAUAUUCUCUCGUAAAGACCUGACAAGUGGGACUGGAGAAUGACUUCCUUUGACUGAGCUGCCCAGCGGGUCACAGCCUCUGAUAAUGACCCCGGCCAGACGGGAAGACUCAGAAGCCAGUGGCUGUGGAAGGCCUCCAAGGACCACAGAGAGACAGAGCCAUCUGCUCCAACCCCCUCUCCACCUUCCCAGCCCUUGCCCAGAGAGUCACAGGGCUGGUGGAAUUUGCCCGAAGGCAUCUAAGGAGAAAACUGAUGGCACCUUCCACUUCUGUCUUCUGCUUCUCUCCAAGAAUGAAUUAUAAUAAAAGGUCACACCCGA